AUGGUUCCUCUGUUUAGCCCCUCUGGCUUUGGUCGUUUCAAGGAUAGCCAUAGCCGUUUGACCGCGAGCGCUUCACAAAAGUCGGUGCCUUCGCCUAUGCCAUCGCCUUCGCAACCAUCGCCUGAACCAAUGGCGACUGUACUUAUUGGCCCCAAGCAGCAGCGCUUCAAGGUGAAUAAGCGGCUGCUGUGUGCAACUUCGCCCUUCUUUGCCGACCGCUUUGGUGAUCUUUCGAGUUCCAAGUCAAUCUCGCUAUGGCUACCUCGCGAAUCAUCCUCAAUGUUCGGUCUGUUUGUUGACUGGGUUCACCUCGGUCUUCGGUUUCGUCCACAUCUUGAUGAGAUGAUUUCUAAUGCAUACGAUGCCGGUCUUGAAGCUUCCCAAAACAUCCACUGGUCUCUCAUCCGCUUGCACCUCUUUGCAUCCCGUCUUGGACUCUAUCGACUUCAGGACCUCGCCAUGGACUCCAUUCAGGACCUCUACCUUCGCUGCGAUUGGGACGUUCCCUCUGGACUCAUCACUUUCCUCUACACAGAAUGCGAGGAUCUCGCUGCUAUUCGACUUCGAAGAUGGGCUGUCGCCAUGGUCGCCUUCUCCUUCACCGGUGGGCCCCGUCUCACUUUCCACCCUCAGGAAUCUGCUACUUCGGAACCCACCCGCUUCAGUGAUCUACUAGAAGAAUUACCGGAAUUUGCAAGCGACUAUGAUAUACACAUGGAAAAGAUGCGGCUCUCGGGUCUCGAUAUUCGCUUCAAGAACCCACAGCUGCGCAUUCCAGCCAACCGCCUCCGCAAUGAUGAACGCGCAUUUGGGUUCCGCCAAUGUUCCUUCCACUCACAUCGCUCAAGCGUCGGCGAGCGACGAUGCCCUCACGAAUCAGGCUCAACAAAGCACCGCCGUGUUUACCAACCAUCGGUGAAGGAAUCGGGGCCAGAAUCCACAGGUCUAAGCGCCCCAACCCGGAGAUAUCGUGAUGUCGUGCCCAGACCACUCUUUUCCGGACCGGUAGACUCAGAUAUUGGCGAGGACGACGAUGACGAGAUUUCAAAAGCGAUAAAGCAUGUUAGAUCUAUUUCAAGUACACUCAAGACUUGA